AUGAAGAAAAAGGGUCGAAAGAAGGAGCCCAGUAUUGGUCCCGAAGAAGCCAAGGUCGAUAGGGAUAUAAUCGAUCACGUCUUUGACGGUCAUAAACGGUUUAUCCAAUAUAUAGAAACUUACUAUAUGUUCAAGCAAGCAAUCCAAUACGAAGAUGUUGGUCAUAUUCGCUGGCUUUACCCUUGCUUUGCGCUCCUUUUCUUUGGUGGAAACGAGAUUAAAUAUAGCAUUUUAUCAUUAUAUAUAACGUGGCUCACAGGAACCAAUGCCGCAUCAAAAGAACUUCAGGAUGCAAUUCUUGCCAAUAGUCUGGUGAACAUCCGGGGUGCCAACGAUAGUUGGUACGAGAUCGACCAAUUAAAUGAGUUCCUAAAUCUAGAGAUGAAGCGAAUCAUGAUCAGUCGGCGGACCUCAACGCAGAGUCUUGAGGAUCUAUUCCGGCGAACUGCAUUGACAGCUAGUUACUGCAUUGACUUGCAAAACCAAAUCGAUUAUCUAUCAAGUCGAUUUGUUAGCUCCAAACACACCCCUAAAGAAAGCAUACUAGAUAUUUACCGACUGGCCAUAAGAUUGCAGGAACUCGGGUCUCUGCAGCACAUGGAUAGCGAUAGGGAUGCAGAGUUUAUCCCUAAAGAUCUGAUCGCAGCUGCUGUUGGGAACGUUAUUGGGGGUAAAGUGGCCUUGUUCAACUAG